AAGAAGAUAUGCCACCAGAAUCAAUACAUGACUUUCUUGUCAUUUCUGAUGUGCAUUUUGACAUGUUUUGUGAUUGAUUGGCUGUCUUUUAGCCAAUAUCGUUCAGGUAAUAUGCCAUAGGUCAAAUCCUUCAGCCAUCCUUAAGCUUAUAAUAGUGUAACAUCGCUCUUAAGGUGGGCCUUCGGCUGAGCCGCAGCUUGAUGCAGUCGCAAAGUCCCGUUUUCCUGUCUACUAUCGGUCGUCACGAUGAUGAACCCUUAGAUGCAUUGUCACUGGCAGGGACAAUCAUUCAGUUCGUGGAUUUCAGCUCGAAAGUGAUCGCUGGCACUAAUGAACUCUACAAAUCCGGAGCUGAAUCGCUAAAUGUCCAUCAACAAUUGGGACUUGCGGUGGAUGAUCUCUCUAAAUUGUCCAAGAAGCUCUCGGAUUCUUAUUCAGGCCUGUGUGGAAAUGAAGUUAAACCUGCGCCGGCGGAUAAUUCGUUCAUUUGCAUCUGCCAAAAUGCAAUAGAAUUGUCCACAGAGCUCAAUGGUAAACUGAGCAGUUUGAAAGUUACAGCCACUGGCAAACGAAAGAAAUGGCAAACCCUCAAACAAGCACUGAAGUCAGUUUGGUCUGAAAAGGAAUUAAUUGACUUAAAACAUCGCUUGGAGUUGUUGAGGGAUUCUAUACAGAUGCAUAUCGUUGUAGAUCUUCGGUAAGUCAAUUCAAGAAGUCCUUGUGCCACAGAAAAUAACGAUUAGAAGAGAUCAGCUUUCUCUCAUAUCAUCCAGUCAGACAAGUCGCUUCGAUAACCUCGAUUUUAAUACGCAAACUAUUGUUACUGCACUUCUCAAGCAUCACGGUGAAGUUAAUAAAAGUGUUCAAGCCCAAACCACGGCUAUCACUCAAUUACUUGGGAGAAUGGAGCUACUAGCUGACAAGCACACUUUUUCUACGAUUGUUGUGCCUCAGCUCGAUAUUAUUGAAGAUAGCCAGUAAGCGUAGUUAGUCCUUUCAUCAGCCAGUCACUCUUCAAGAGCUUGAUACCAGAAAACACACAAAUUUCAACGAUAUAUCUAUUGGGACAUUCUAUUUUUGUGGAAUAUUGAAAGUAUUCUGAAUGCCAGGUCUUCUUAGACUACGUCUUUCGAAGCUUCUGAGCGCUCAUACCUAGUCCAACAGUUUGGACUAAUGGAAAUUUUUUGUGAAGCUACAGAUCGAUCCUCCAUCUCCUGCAUUUUCAUUCACUCUUUCAACAGUGCCUCCGAGCCUCUUCUUUUUUAAC